GUUUCCAAAAUGUUGCCAAAUAAUUGUAGGUCAACAUACUGUAAUGGAUGAGAAUUAGAGAUGUAAAUCAAAAUAACGACUAUAGAACACGAAUUAUUACACUUCGUCUUUUUAGUAAAAGAUGAAUAUAUUCAGUCAUACGGCCCACAUCUAUAGAUAUAUGAUUGUUGGAGGCUCAUAAAGAGCGGAAAUAAUUACCGAAUACAUUAUUGAUUAAAUUAGAACUGAAAAUAUGUAUUACUGACGAAAGCUAUUGUUUCCGCAUAUUAUCUAUUGCUAUUAAAUUCUAUAAUUUAAGGAAAAUUAGACCUUAUGCUAAAAAAACAGCGUGUUUAACAAAUAUAUCCAUAUGAGCCUCUGCUGUAAAUUUUGACCAAUCAGGAUGCAAUAUUGUCAGCUCGAUAUAAUAUAUAAUGCAGUGUCAGGCAAUCAUGGCAUUAGGAGUGCUGCGCUUCACUGUAUGCAUUGCAGUUGUGCCCUUGUGAUUGGCUGGUUUGCCCGUAUGACCUUGAGUAGCUAGCGAUGACAGUUAUUGUUUUUCUGCUUGACAACAGCGCAGCAAUGAACCAGCGCACUUUUCAAGGCACUACGUUACUAGACGUAGCAAAAUCUGCGAUAGAGAUUUUUUUCAAAAUAAGGAUGAGCAAAUCAAGAGUAGAUCGUUAUUUUGUGCUUACUUUGAAUUCUGACAUAAGUUAUGUCAAACUUACCGGUUGGAAGCAGAAUGUUGAUCUUCAGUUACUUCAUUCUGCCUUAAAUAAUAUAAAACCAGACGGUUUAGUUGAUUUGUCAACUGGUAUUCAAAGGACAUUCCGGAUGUUAAAUAUAAAUAGAUUGCAACUCGGACUGGAAAAUUACGGGAUGGUAUUUAACAUUUAUCAGUUGAUAUUUUUUAAGGGGAUUUAUCCAUCAUGUAUUGAACCCUCUGUAAUAAUAUGUAUUACUAAUAGCAUAGGCUCAUACAGUUUUGAUGGCCAAAUUUUCAAUGAUGCAUCUAUAACUUCCAUAGAAUCUGCCGUUCUUGGGAAUGUUUUGACAAAAGAAACAUUCCGUUGGGAUUACCGCAUGUAUUCUCUGGUACUUCGUUUUCCCGCAUUUGUCAGUAAUAUUCAUGGUGGUAGCUCCAUAAGAUCAGAAACUAUCUCGCCGCUUAAAAGACUUGCGGAGAAAACUGGCGGUGAAAGUUUUGAUGUUUACGACGGUCGGGAACUCCACCAAUGUCUUGACUCUCUUGUCACAAAAUGCCAACCUGGCGUGGUUUUAAAAUUACGAAGGUCUACUGACUGCGUUGAUGCGGCUCUCCAAGAAAAAUUCGUAAAGCAGUUGAUGUCAGUUAAGCUAAUGGGAAGGUCAUCGUCUUGGCCUAUCCCAGAACAAUUUUGGCCUGAUGAUGAGAUGCUAGCAUCAGAGUUGCCACCUAGAAGUGCACAUCCUGAAGUCCUUGUAUCUAAAGUUCCUGUGGUGGAACCUGAGUUGCCCGAGUAUUUCCCCGUCGACCGUUACGAGUUGACUCCAUCACAUUUUACGAAAGAAUUUCUAAAUUCGUCGGAGCAAAAUAUGGUUUGGCGGUGUUUCAGCUAUGGUAUCAAAAAGAGUCAGAAUGCACCGUUUGGUUAUUUAAAAGUAUCAAGUGAUCUUCAGUCAGUACAUCUGCAUAUACUUCCUUACAAUUAUCCUGUAUUUCUUCAGUUACUUGGUGAUAUAUGUGAUCAUAAACGUAUGACGGAAGCCUGGGGUCAUCAGUUUGUGAACUAUCUAGGAACCAUACCGAAAUAUUACUUUAUGCCCCUAGCGAAGGCGUUUGAACGAAUAGGGUUUGUCGGGAUGAUUAAGCCUGAAGCUAUUGACCGUGCACUUCCUUAUCAAUUGAAACAUUCUUUGCAAAAGCUUCGGCAUUCAGCUAAAAUUGAAUACGAUAACUUCGUGCGUAUGACGCAAACUGACAGCCCCACAAACCCAACUAUUACUGUAAGUAAAUACCUUAGUUAUUUGUUUUGUUUUAGUUACCAUCAGCCUUAUUGCCUUUACCUUUGUGGCCGCUACGUGAAUUUAAAUCGAUGUAUAUCAAACCUAAGCGUCUUCAUUCAAAUUCUAUCCGACCUUGUAAUAUAUCUCGAACCAAGUUGCGCGUAGUUUUGGGAAAAAUGAGGCAUGAACUUGAUAACCUCCUAAAUGGUUCAUCUAGCAUCCGAGCAGUUGACUUGAUUCAUCAACAACCAGUCGCCUUAAUGGGUGAUUAUGUUAACUACAGAAAUUCCCGGCAGGUCGAAACACCUUUGAGGGAGAUAAAUCCAACUCCUGAACGGUCGGAUACAUUCGGAAACCCUUUCCGACGGAAGUCUACAUCCUUCGUCGCGGAUGAAGGUUUCGUUGAUGAGAUGGAUUCAUUGCAAGUUAAUUCUUGUAAUCCGAAUACAGUUUUACUCAAUUUUGGGCGAAAAAAGUCUGCACAAACCACCAAAAAUCCUCAAGCAAGAGUCAAAGGUCCCUUACCUCCGUAUAUUAAUCACCUAAAUUGGCGUUUUUUCUCGCCGAAAUCUUCACCGCUGUCAUCGCCUAGAUCUUCGGAUAAUACUUUCAGUGAAGAAAUAUCAAGCGCGAUUUCAUCUCCCACAUAUGCCGAAAAUUCCCCUUCCUUAAUAAACCACUCAAGAUUCGCCAACCAGGCAAUUAUUGAAAAAACAAAUACUUUUGAUACUAGAAAUGCAUCGUCAUUGGAAAGUUUUAAAUUAAACAAGAGAAUUAUGUUCGAAUUAAUUCAUUUGGUUCGACAGCCUUAUACAGGUAGGUUUGUAUGUACAAGGACUUUUAGUUCUUUCGUUUACAUUAUCUAACCGUUAAUCUUUUCCACUUAGUAGAUGCAGUACUGUUAUUUGACCGCAUGAAUGAACUCACUGGUUCAAUUGGACAAAGAGAAGCUGUGGUUUCGAUGUUGAUGUCAGAAGCUUUGAGAUUCAGAAGAUCAUGUCUAUAUUUUUUACUAAGCGACUGGCGAACAUGGUUGCUGCAAAGUGAGAAUUCGAAAGAUCGUGUUAUUUUGCAAAAAUCGAAUCAGGUGGCCGCUAAAAUAAACCAUAUUCAGUUAAAUGGGUGGUCCUGAUCAAAUCGAUCUGUAUAUUAUGAUCUACUUAAUUUAUUUUGUAUAAAACUUUUACAUACUUAAUACUUUCAGAUGUAAAUAACUGAGGGUUUAUUAUUAAUCUUGUACAUGGUGUAUAAAUUCCCCAAAUGUUCUUUCAGAAACGGCCUUAUUUUCAUAAUAACAUUUUACUCGCUAGUUUGUACACUGUUGAAAUACAACAAAAUUGCUAACAAUUCAUAAUUCUAUGGUUUUAUCGCUUUAGAUUAUUACUGAUGUUCUAUUCAACAUUAGUUUUAGGUUGCUUGAAGAGUGAA